UAUCAUAAAGUAUGGAUAGAGAUAUAGAUAGAGAUGAGGAGAAGGAGGAGAAGGAGGAUCACUCAGCUUUCACCAGUCCUGCAGUGUGUUCUGGUGGUGUAGCAUAUGUUGAAAGAGUGGUAGAUUAGAGAAGGAGGAAUGGCUCAGACAUCUGGAUGCAGCUCUGGAGAUAGUAGAUGGUCUCUCAAGGGAAUGACUGCUCUUGUAACUGGUGGAACUAAAGGAAUUGGGCAUGCAAUUGUGGAAGAACUGGCUGGACUAGGAGCAACCAUACACACAUGUUCUAGAAAAGAAACCGAGCUCAAUGAAUGCUUGAAGGAUUGGAAAGCUAAAGGUUUUGGAGUGAGUGGUUCAGUGUGUGAUGUAUCCUCUCGGGCCCAAAGGGAGAAGCUAAUGCAGACUAUCUCUUCUGUGUUCAAUGGGAAGUUGAAUAUCCUUAUCAACAAUGCUGCUAUAACUAUUCAGAAACCAACAGUAGAGGUCACAGCUGAAGAGUUCUCAACAAUCAUGGCCACAAAUUUUGAAUCUGUGUAUCAUCUGUCCCAAAUCGCACACCCCCUUUUAAAGGCAUCAGGAGCCGGAAGCAUUGUAUUCAUCUCCUCUGUUUGCGGCAUAGUGGCACACAAGAAUAUCUCUGCUUAUUCAGUAACCAAAGGAGCAAUGAAUCAACUUACAAAGAAUUUGGCAUGUGAGUGGGCGGAAGACAAUAUCAGAAGUAAUGCAGUUGCUCCUUGGUACAUCAAAACUCCGAUGGUGGAUCAGAUGCUCAGUAACAAAACCUUUCUGGAAGGGGUGAUAAAUCGAACUCCACUUCGCCGUGUGGGAGAUCCGAAGGAGGUGUCAUCUGUGGUGGCAUUCCUCUGUCUACCAGCAUCAUCUUACAUUACUGGACAGACUAUUUGUGUUGAUGGUGGCAUGACUGUUAAUGGGUUUGAGCCAAACCUGCUCUAGGAACAUCGAUCAUAUCAUGCGUGAUGGUGUUAUAGCCUUUGGCUGGCUUAUGUAUGGGAACUGUCUCAAUAAUUAUAGCUUCAUUGUCUGGAUCCCGUCCCUUUUCCUGAACAAUCUGCUUGUGAUGGUAAUUUUUUUUCUUUUUUUUUUUUUGGGUCCUUUGAAAACCUUGCUGCCUGAUGCUUAUAACAAUUGUUGGAAAGUUUGCUGAUUUUUUA